AUGAUCCUCCUCCGUCCCUCCUUACGGAGGCUGGGACCGCCUCGCGAGGGUUUCCUCGUGUGCUCCCGAUGUCUUUUACGUCCCAAUCGCUCUUAUGCGCCCUCCGCAGCACGCAGUUUCUUCUCGUUCUCGCGCCUACAAUCAAGUAUUGCAGGUAGCCCACAGGCUUCAUCGAGCCUAAACAAGUCAUAUUUCUCGGCAAAUCAAGGUGUGGGUGUCUCCGAAAGAAAGGAUGGCCUGUUUUCUUCGUUACCUCCCACCAAUGCUGCGGACCCAAUAUCAUCAUUGUCAGAGAAUAAGACCAAGCCCGGACCAAUUGCUUCGGAAUUGGACCGAUCAGAGUUGCCUCAUCGCCGGAGGAAACGUCUAAAGGAAGAGUCUGGUGGAAACAAUGCGGAAGAGCCCGUAAUCCCCCCCGAUGCCUCCGCACAGUUGUCAUCUCUUUCUUCCGCACUCCCCGCAACAUCUCUCCGCCGCAAAUUGGCCGCUUAUCUCGCCCUCACCAAGCCUCGUCUCUCCUUCUUGAUCAUAUUGACUACGACCUCUGCAUAUGGGAUGUAUCCCAUCUCUUCUCUCCUCACACUCGAUCCAUCCAUGGCACCACUUCCGACUCUCUCGACAUCCACCCUGACCUUCCUUUAUUUGACCGUGGGCACGUUUCUAUCCAGCUGCAGUGCCAAUACCUUGAACAUGAUAUUCGAGCCCAAGUAUGAUGCGCUUAUGUCGCGAACAAGAAACAGGCCUUUGGUACGGGGCCUGGUCUCCCGUCGCGCCGCUGUUCUGUUCGCGAUUGCGACGGCUGCCUCGGGUCUUGGUUUGUUGUACUUCGGAACGAAUCCCACGGUGACAGCGCUUUCGGCCGCUAACAUCUGCCUGUAUGCAUUUGUCUAUACCCCGUUGAAGCGUGUGCAUGUUAUCAAUACUUGGGUGGGGGCUAUUGUCGGAGGUAUCCCUCCCCUAAUGGGCUGGGUGGCGGCGGCCGGCCAGACAGCGACCACGGGCCAUGACACAUGGCGUGACAUGCUCUUUAGUGAGGAGAGUAUUGGUGGAUGGCUCCUUGGUGCUGUUCUUUUUGCGUGGCAAUUCCCCCAUUUUAACGCCCUUUCCCAUACCAUCCGUGAAGAGUAUAAGAAUGCUGGAUAUAAGAUGCUUUGCUGGACCAACCCAGCGAGGAACGCCCGUGUCGCUUUACGCUACUCCAUUCUCAUGUUUCCGAUCUCCAUCGGCCUCUGGUGGGUCGGUGUCAUGGGCCAUGGAUUCCUGGUUGGCAGCACAAUCGCCAACGGCUGGUUAGUCAAGGAGGCGUACCGAUUCUGGCAACAUCAGGGUGCCAACGGCACUGCACGUGGUCUAUUCUGGGCCAGUAUCUGGCAACUUCCGGUACUUCUCAUUGGCGGUCUCGUCACUAAGAAGGGCCUGUGGGAUGGUGUUUGGAGAAAUGCCUUCGGUCUACCAGAAGAGGAAGAGGAUGACUACGUUUAUUAUGAUGAGGAAGAAACUGAAGAUGCUUUAAAUCAGAACUCAGCCUCAUCCCAUUCGACGGCGGUUUCUCGUUCUGCCACCUCGGUGUGA